AUGCAGCCAAAUCGUAUAAGUGAUAAAGCUAAACAGUCCCUCGAGAACGAUUUUUUGUUUGCCUUUUACGACUUUAAAUGCAUGCAAGAAAAAGAAGUGUCCAGUAAUAUAUUUUUACAUGAACCAAAUUUGUUUGUAGUACAACAAUGCUGGCAAGAAUCACUUUUUCCGGAUAUUAAACACGCGGGUAAUGGACAGGAAAUAAGACUUAAAGAGAAUCUCUUAGUUGACGGUUUUUGUGCGACCACUAACACUGUAUUUGAGUUUGAUGGCUGCUAUUUUCAUGGUUGUGAGAAAUGUUUUCCUCAGCAGACCACCUCUUUUCAAAAUUCCACAGAUAAAAAUAUGCUAAUGUUUUUAAGACUCGAGAAGACUAAAGCCAAGCACAAAAAAAUUAAAGAUGCCGGGUAUAAUUUAAAAAAUAUUUGGGAGUGUGAAUUUAAAAAGUUGUUAAAAGCUGAUGAAACCAUAAGAGCUUGUGCUAAUAGUAACAUUAAAAAAUACGUAGAGGCACCAUUAAACCCUCGCGAAAGCUUUUUCGGUGGUCGUACAAAUGCAGUAAAGUUGUACCAUAAAAUAUCAGAUGAGAAGGAAAAAAGUUGUUACUUUGACGUGUGUAGUUUAUAUCCAUUGAUAAAUAAAUAUAAAAAUAUCCCCUUGGCCGUCCUAAGACUCAUGUUGGUGACGAAGCGUGCCGGAAAUUGCCCAUGGAUACGAUAG